GACUGAGAAAUGGUUUUUUUUUUAAUAACUUUUGUGUCUCGAUCGCUUUUUCCCUUUAGACCUUGAAAUCGAUGGAAAGCUAUCGAACACAAAAAUCUCAAUCGAAACUAUCUUUCUUCACUUCUGGGCACGAAGCUGUGUUGUUGAACGUCAGAUUUCAGAACUGAUAAAAACAAAAACCAUGGAGAAGAGAGAAGACGAUCAACAAAAGCGCGACGAUUCCAGAUUCAAUCAAACACUCAAGAACGUCCAAGGGUUUCUUAAAGGUAGGAGUAUUCCUGGUAAGGUACUGUUGACUAGGAGAUCUGAUCCUCCUCCUUAUCCAAUUUCUCCGACAUAUCAACGGAGCUUAUCGGAGAAUGACGCCGGGAGAAACGAGCGAUUCGAGAAUCCAGUCGAGGUGGAAGAUCAUAAUUCGAGCAAGAAGCAUGAUAAUACAUAUGCUGGUAAGCUACGAUCAAACUCUAGUGCUGAAAGGAGUGUGAAAGAAGUCCAAAACUUGAAGAUUGGUGUUAGAUCAAGCGACUCUGCUAGAGUUAUGAAGUUCAACAAAGUUCUUUCCGAAACAACUGUCAUCUUAGAGAAACUGCGUGAGCUAGCGUGGAAUGGUGUCCCACACUAUAUGCGACCUGAUGUCUGGAGGCUUCUCUUGGGAUAUGCACCACCUAAUUCAGAUAGAAGGGAGGCUGUUCUGAGAAGAAAACGUCUUGAAUAUCUUGAAUCUGUUGGCCAGUUUUAUGACCUUCCAGAUUCCGAACGUUCUGAUGACGAGAUCAAUAUGUUACGCCAGAUUGCUGUUGACUGUCCAAGGACUGUACCGGAUGUCAGUUUCUUUCAGCAAGAACAGGUGCAGAAAUCACUAGAGCGUAUUCUUUACACGUGGGCCAUUAGGCACCCAGCGAGUGGAUACGUUCAAGGAAUAAAUGACCUGGUCACCCCCUUUCUAGUGAUUUUCUUGUCAGAAUAUCUAGAUGGUGGUGUAGAUAGUUGGUCAAUGUCUGAUUUAUCUGCUGAAAAAGUCUCAGAUGUAGAAGCUGAUUGCUACUGGUGCUUAACAAAGCUACUUGAUGGUAUGCAAGAUCAUUACACGUUUGCUCAACCUGGAAUCCAGAGACUUGUGUUUAAACUAAAGGAACUGGUCAGGCGUAUUGAUGAACCUGUUUCACGACACAUGGAAGAGCAUGGGCUGGAGUUUCUUCAAUUUGCUUUCCGGUGGUACAACUGUCUUCUGAUUCGCGAGAUCCCUUUCAGUCUCAUCAACCGCCUAUGGGACACUUAUCUUGCUGAAGGAGAUGCAUUGCCAGACUUCCUAGUGUAUAUAUAUGCUAGCUUUCUCCUGACGUGGUCUGAUGAGCUGAAGAAGCUGGAUUUUCAAGAAAUGGUAAUGUUCCUGCAACACCUUCCUACACAUAACUGGUCAGACCAAGAGCUCGAAAUGGUAUUGUCAAGAGCUUACAUGUGGCAUAGUAUGUUCAAUAAUUCCCCAAACCAUCUGGCUAGCUGAAAUAACUUUUCCUCCAUGAUGAUGAUGAUGAUGCUGUUUGUUUCCUUGGUUAAAUUAAUCUUUCUUGUCGAAAUCAGCUUUGGUGUUUUUGUUUAUUGUUUCUCUUCAUGGUAAAUGCUAACAUUCAUGUCUUGUUUAAUUGUUAUUAGUUAUGUAUGUUUUCUUCGGGCCGCACUUGUUGAAUCUGUCACCAGUUUGUGUGUUUGUAAUAUUCUGUAGCUUUCUCACUAA